UAGUUUUUAAAAUUAAAUUCAAAACCAUCACAACAGGUCAUUCAUUCAGACUACAGCGCUUUAUUUAAUAAUAAACAUUAAAUUUUCUAUAUUAACAAAAUGUUGCAACAAUUUUUAAAAUUAAGUUUUUUAACAACCUUAUUACUUGGUUGCAUAUCUACAAGUGUAACGAGUCCCAUCGAAAGUCGUGUUAUUGGUGGUGAAACUAGCGUAAUAACUGAAACACCAUAUUUGGUUUCUAUACGUUAUAAGAAAAACAACUCAACACCCUUUGAACAUCGUUGCUCGGGUACAAUUUACUCCUCAAAAGUAAUCUUAACAACAGCCACUUGUUUAGUGGGUUUGGAUACGAGUCGCAUACAUGUUAAAGCCGGUUCGUCAUAUCGCACCCAAAACGAUGGCUAUUUGUAUUUGGUAGAGAAAUAUAUAAUACAUCCUGAUUACAAUAUAUGGUUUAUGGAUAACGAUUUGGCCCUAUUAAUACUAGCAUUUGAUUUAACUUUGAGCCUACCAAAAGAAAUCUAUCCUAUUGAUUUGAUAUCUACUAUGCCAGAGGUUAAUAGUUCGGCUACUAUAGCUGGUUGGGGUGUUACCGAUUCUAGUGCAAACGGCCAGUUUUCUGAGAUCCUACAAAUCGCUAAUGUUAAGAUAGUAGAUGUUUUGAACUGCAAACGUUCCUAUGGUGAAAAUCGUAUAUCACCAGCCAUGUUAUGUGCAGCUGGUGAUGAUUCAGAUGCCUGUUUAGGCGAUGCCGGUGGCGCAUUAGUUUAUGAAGACAAUGCUGUGGGCUUGAUAUCAUGGGGAAAUGGUUGUGCAAAUUCUGAUUUUCCUGGUGUCUAUACGAAUUUGUUGUAUUUUAAAGAAUGGAUUGAAAAUGAAGUUGCUAAAUUGUAAAUGUAUUUAGUUUUAAUUAUAUAAAUAAUAAAGUGUUAAAUUAUUUUUGAAAU